AUGAUGGAGAAAAUACGAUUCACAGUUAUGCUCGAUCGACCAUUUUAUCAGCCGGGACAAUUGAUUCAGGUCAGUAUUUAGUUGAGAGGGUUUACAGUCAAAUCGAAUGUAUUAAAAAGUUGCUAGGACCUUGUUUCACCUUUGGAGAUUGACUUUGAAGGUCACAGUCCGAAAAAAAUGGUCCUGAGUUCUCUGAAACUUGAAAAAUCCAGAUUUCAGUUUCACUUUUGACAGCUUGUAGUGAUGUCAUUUCAAGUGAAGUUAUUCUAGACUCACCGCGGCCCGCUGUACCACACUACUGUUCAUUUGAACUGAUAUAUCUCAGCAGCCAGUAGAGAUAUCAAUGAAUUGUCAACUGAUAAACUGAUCAUUGAUACAUUGUGCACAUUUUUUUAGUUGACCACUUUUUGGUAUCUCUACAAACAGCUGAGAUACGUUGCCUUGAAUAAACGGUAUUCGUGUACCCUUCCAAUACAGGCGGAAACGUGAUCCAGUAAGAUUUUAACUGUUUCUAAGCUUUCAGGGCCAUGUCACGUGCGAUCCCCACCAACCCUUCGAGAUCGACUCCGUGGAGGGACGCAUCCACGGAGAAGCCGUCUUCUUUCAGACGCCCUCUUCGCCGCCCAAAACGAGAGUGCUCAUCGACGAGAGAGCCCAACUGUGGAGGUUCCAGACGGUCAGCGAGAUGCUCGGAAUGGACGUGUUCUUCGACGAAAACCAGAACCGACAGUUUUCGUGCGAUCGCGAUCAGCCCGCCUCCUCCACGUUCACUUCCGCAGCCACUUUUCCGAUCCGAAUUGAAGUUCCGCACUUUGCACCGCCGAGUUUUCACUGCCCCGGCUCACCGGUCACCGUCAGAUUCACACUGGAAGUUGAACUGUUCAAUCAGGGCUUUAAAGUGGCAUCCCAUGAGGAGAACCUCAUCGUUUUAAACUAUGAAUCAGUGAAACGACAAGUCACUCCGAAACCCAUCAACUUCCAAAAGACAUUUCACUUUCCAAAGUACCCCCCAACAUCUGAGACCUCGAAAAAAGUGAAAUCCGUUCAGAGAACGCUCAAUUUCCGUGGAAAUGUUAAUGCCGAGUGACGUCUUCACAACUACCGCCCGAAUCGAAAACUGCAUUACCGUUUGUAACAGGUCUCCUCAACUUCUGCGUCUAAUUCUAAAAAAGAAUGGGUUUCAGAUGGAAACAAUCAUUGAAAUACGUGCAUUUGAACAUUGUGCGCCGAAUUUCGGCGUUGAAUCAGAAGAACGAGGUGGUCGAUACGGUCAAAAUUGAUACUACAGGUGCGGUAAGAAAUUACUAAACUAAUAGUGUUAGGGUGCCCUUCUAUUCCAGUAUAACCGGUAGUUAAAGUUCGGGAUCUUCAGAUCUGUUUCUCGAGGUCAGACUGAAACGUUCUCUAAAUGAUCGGAAUUGCAUUUCUAGUAGGUCCUAAGAAGCUCAAGUUCCAGGUGUCGGUCUCGCGUCCGGAAAGCACAAGAUCGCGGUGAACGAGACGUACUCAUUCCGUCCGAUCUUCAACAUUCCCGCUCUCCCACCGAACACACAAGUCGACGGACUCUUCAAAACGGAAUACGCGCUCAAAGUGACCGUCGGACGGGCUCAUAACUUUGUGCUCGCCUCGUUCGAAGUCCCGAUCACAAUCACGACCACAGAGCAAGAGGAACGGAAGUCAAUGAGGAGAGAUGGUCAGCAUCGACAAUACUUAUGUGUCAAUUGUUCGGUUUUGCAGAAGUUCUCGUCGAUAUAUCGUCCACUUCCAACAACAACUUUAACAGACUGCUACCGGUAGACUUGCUGGUUUGA